AUGCUUCUCCGAGCUUGUCCACGCUCUGUCGCUGGUACCAGGGCUUGCAACCGAUUGAAUUUUCGAAGAAAUGCUUCUGGAAUAGUGAUGAUGAAAAAUCAUGGAAUCAUUUCAAAGGCUCACUAUUCCACCUCUGCUUCAUCAACGGAACCAUCAAAUGAAGAGAAGAAUAUUGUUCAAAAAACUUGCGGAAAUAGCACUAUUGAUUUUACUCGUGUUGAGAUUUAUUAUGAACCUUUAUCAUCAUUUCAAUUAUUAAAGACCUAUGCAGCGCUAGCAAGUACAAGAUUUCCCUUCGUUAAACAUUUUGCUCCUGAAAUCAUUGAAAAAGGAGGCAUGAUUGUGAACCAGGCCGUGAAAUAUACAUACUUUCCAUACUUUUGUGGUGGUGAAACUUUACCUAAGACAAAGAAGGUAAUUCAUGAUUUAACACAAAACAAGAAAAUGCUUUGCAUUUUAGACUACAGUGUUGAAGGGCCAGUUCAACCCCUUGAAAGCAGUGCAAUUACUGUCGAUACUGACGAAAAAGUUGAAGACUCUAUUUGUAGUGUCAUUGCUGAAUCGAUUGAAUACAUGGGUCAACAGAAUAGAACAUUAUCUACUGAACCUACCGUUGCACCUCCGUGUCCGUUCGGAGUGGUAAAAGUUACAGGUAUUUCAAGCUGUGUUCUAUUGGAAAGGUUGAGCAAAAUUUUGUGCUAUAUUCAAAUGUUUCCGCAAUCAGAACAUGCAAAGAAGUUGUUAAACACCAACAUUUAUUUCUUUGGAGAUAUUUCGAACGAUGUUAACACGUUUGAUUUAAUGAAAGAAUAUACAGUCAAGCAAUACCCUAGAACUGUUGCAUUUGAUAUGAAUGAAAACACGCCACCGGAGCCAUUAACAUCGGUUGAACUGUUGAAACUAGAAAGAGUAGUGAAACGAUUGGCUUCAUUGUGUGAUGCAUGCGUGAAGAAUGGAAUGAGUUUAUUAAUUGAUGCAGAGCAAACUUAUUACCAAGCAGCUAUCGAUCAACUUUACAUCAUGAUGAGCGUAAAAUAUAAUUCUAAGGAAUAUAUGGCUGGAAGAAAUACGCCGGUAGUCUACAACACAUAUCAAUUGUACUUGAAAGACUCCUUCCAUAGGUUGCAAUUUGAUUACCACUUUUUGACAAAUCACGGAGCUCAUCACGGAGCCAAGCUCGUUCGUGGUGCUUAUAUGAAGUCUGAAACUUUAAGAGCUAACGAAUUGAAGCUGCCGUAUCCUUUCCAACAAACUCUUUUGGAAACCCAUGUUAAUUAUGUUAAAGGAGUAGAAUUUUGUCUCGACAGCAUGUAUAAGCAUGGAAAUAUUGGUAUUGUUGUUGCCUCUCAUAACCAAGACACACUUGGUAUGACCAGUAGGAUUAUGAAUGAGGUGUAUGGAUUCAAAAAGAAUGAUCCAAGAGUUAUUUUUGCUCAACUCUAUGGCAUGGGUGACAAUUUGUCAUUUGCUUUGGCAUAUCAUGGUUACAAUGUUGGAAAAUAUGUGCCAUUUGGAAAGGUCCAUGAUGUCAUGCCAUAUCUGUCCAGAAGACUCAUUGAAAACGGAGACAUGCUCAGUGGUUCAACUAUUGAAACAGCAAGAAUUAGAUCUGAGCUUGUCAGAAGAGCUGUUGUUUAUUCUAAAUCCAUUUAUGAAAAGAUUGUUAAGAAUAUCCAACAAAGACAACAACAAUCAUCAUCUCAAUAA